AUGGCACAGUCUAACUCUAAUUCUCAAACAGAAUUAGUUAAAAAGCUUCACCGAAAAAGAGGUGAAAUUAAAAAGGCAAUUACUGAGCUUAUGAAGAAGAUAAAUUUUAUACAAGAAAAUUUAGCUACAAGUGAUGUAGAUGAACUACAAGUAACACUUGAAACCGUCACAGCACGCUAUAACAAUAUAAAUAGUGCAAGUGGUACAAAUAGUGCAAGUGGUAGUUAUCGUGCAAAUAAUAGUUUUGAUCCAACAAAUAUACCAAUACCGUCAAUAAAAUUUCCAAAAUUUGAUGGUACACCAGAGAAAUGUGCAGCAUUUUUGAGUGUAUUUAAAAAUACAAUUGAUAUCAAUCAAUCUCUGCCGAAGGCACUCAAACUUUAUCAUUUGACAAGUGUCCUUACUGACAAGGCUUGGUCACUUAUUGGUCAUCUAGAAAUAAAUGAUGCUAAUUAUGAUCAUGCAUUAUCCAUUUUAGUAGAUAAAUACAUGCAUACUCGUCAAUAUUAA